UUUUGAAAGAUUGACCUGAUUUGUUAUAAAUUCGUUGAUAACCUACUGGUAUAAAUUCUUAAAACUUUAUGAACAUAACGUCAAAGAUCAGUAUGUAUUCCAUCGUUGUAAUAUUACUUGUGUUUGGUGCAAUAUCAGCUGUACCAACUGUUAAUUUCAAAGAUCCAAAUUAUGCUGUUGGACAUGAUGUUAUGGUUCAUUUAUUUGAAUGGAAGUGGAAGGAUAUUGCGGAUGAAUGUGAACGAUUUCUUGGACCUAUGGGCUAUGGUGGUAUUCAAGUGUCACCCGUUCAAGAAAAUGUAAUAGUUCCAUCAAGACCUUGGUGGGAGCGAUAUCAACCGAUUUCUUACCAAUGGAUAACACGUUCAGGCAACGAAGAAGACUUCAAAGACAUGGUUCGAAGAUGUAAUGCAGUUGGUGUCAGGAUUUACGUUGAUGUAAUCUUAAAUCACAUGGCUGCAGAUCAGUCAUUCGAAGUAAUCGGCACUGGUAAUUCAACAGCUGAUCCUCCAUCAAGAAAUUAUCCAGCUAUACCAUACAUACAAACUCAUUUCAAUGAACCAUGUGAUAUAAGAGAUUGGUCAGAUCCAGUGCAGAUAAGAAAUUGUGAACUUGUUGGACUUCAUGAUCUUAACCAGAGCAUCGAGUAUGUUCGAGAAAAAGCUGUCAAGUUUCUGAAUGAUUUGAUUCAUGCAGGUGUUGCAGGAUUCCGAAUUGAUGCUGCCAAACAUAUGUGGCCUCAAGAUCUUCAUGUAAUUUAUUCUCGCCUGCACGACUUGAACACUGAGUAUGGUUUCCGCAAAGGCUCUCGGCCGUACAUUUACCAAGAAGUAAUCGACAUGGGCGGAGAAGGAAUUUCAAAGACAGAGUACAAUUCUGUUGCAGCAGUCACUGAAUUCAAAUAUGGAAUGGAAAUUAGCCAAGGUAUCAGAGGUAAAAAUCCCCUGAAAUGGUUUAAAUCAUUUGGUGAAUCUUGGGGUAUGUUGCCAAAUAAUGAUGCUCUUGUUUUCAUCGAUAAUCAUGACAAUCAAAGAGGCUAUGAAAGUGGACCAGUUAUUAAUUAUAAGCAAUCGAAAUUAUAUAAAAUGGCUAUUGCUUUUAUGCUUGCUCAUCCAUAUGGCAAUCCCCAAAUCAUAAGUUCUUUUGCAUUUGAUCACUCUGAUCAAGGUCCACCUGCUGACGAUCAAGGAAAUAUAAUAUCUCCAACAAUUCAUGAAGAUAAAAGUUGUGGAAAUGGUUGGAUUUGUGAACAUCGUUGGAGACAAAUAUACAAAAUGGUUCAUUUUCGAAAUUCUGUAAUCAACACAGACAUUACAAACUGGUGGGAUAAUGGACAUAAUCAAAUUGCUUUUUCUCGUGGUAAUAAAGGAUUUAUUGCAAUUAAUGCUGAUAAUAUUGACUUGAAGCAAAAAAUUCAAACAAAUUUGCCAGCAGGAAAAUAUUGUGAUAUAAUUUCUGGAGAAAAUAUUAAUGAUCAUUGUAGUGGAAAAACCGUUAUUGUUGAUGAACAUGGAUAUGCAAACAUUGAAAUAUUGUUAGAGCAAGAGGACGGGGUACUUGCUAUUUAUAUUGAUUAAAAAAAUAUAAGAAUCUCUUGGUUGUAAAUAUUUUCUGAAUAAAUGUACAUAUUUUAGAUUAAA